AUGCACCCGCAUCUGUCGAUGAAAUCGAAAGAUUCCAAACGCUACAUCAGUAGCAACGCAGCUGUUUGGCGAAUUCUCGGGUUCCCAAUUCACGAACGCCACCCAACUGUUUCACAUCUCAGCGUUCACUUAGAAAACGGUCAAAGAGUGUACUUCACAGAAGCGAAUGCAGUACAGAGAGCCGAACGACCACCGGAUACAACAUUAACCGCAUUUUUCAAAUUGUGUGCUGCUGAUGAAUUCGCACGAACAUUACUGUAUCACGAAGCUCCAAAAUAUUUCACUUGGGAUACUUCAAAAAAAGAGUUUAAAAGACGGAAACAAGGCAAACCAGUUCCCGAUUAUCCCGGUGUACGCGCUUCUGAUGCUUUGGGACGAGUAUAUACAGUUCAUCCAAACAACGCUGAAUGUUUUUACUUGCGAAUGCUGCUGCAUGAAGUCCGGGGACCAACAUCGUUCCAAACGAUCAAAACUGUCAAUGGUGAAGUGUGCAAAACGUUCAGAGAGGCAUGUUUGCGACUUGGUUUGCUGGAAGAUGACCAACAUUGGGAUAAUACUUUAACCGAUGUAUCCGUUUCAUGUCGCCCGGAACAAAUACGUGUAUUGUUUGCAAUUAUUUUGAAAACUUGCGCGCCUUCUGAUCCGAACACUCUUUGGGAAACACACAGAGAAAGCCUCAGCGAAGAUAUACUUCACGAAGCACGCCGAAUCUAUCCCGACGCACAAUAUACAGAUGAUAUUUUCAAUCAAGCACUCAUACUACUUGAAGACAAAUGCAUUUCCAUCAACAAUAAACUACUCUUCCAACUUGGUUUACCAGUACCGGUACGUGGCAGAAACGAUAUUCAAGACAGAGAUGUGUUGCGCGAAAGACAAUACGACGUUCAACAGCUACGAGCAUUCGUUGAAAAUCAAAAAGGGCUUUUAACUGAUGAUCAACGGCUCGCGUACAAUACGGUAAUGGAGCGCGUAAUAAGCGAAAACGGUGGACUCAUAUUUCUUGAUGCACCAGGCGGCACAGGCAAAACAUUUCUCAUGAAUUUGAUACUCGCCGAAAUUCGAGCGCAAAAUGAAAUUGCAUUGGCUGUGGCAUCUUUAGGAAUUGCAGCAACGCUACUCGAUGGCGGACGAACAGCACAUUCAGCUUUCAAGCUUCCCCUUAAUUUGAGUUACGACGAAAAUCAAACUUGCAACAUUGGCAAAAGGUCAGGCAUGGCCACUGUAUUGCGCACGUGCAAGCUAAUCAUUUGGGAUGAAUGCACCAUGGCACACAAGCGAGCACUCGAAGCACUGGACCGAACAUUGAGAAAUCUGCGUGGUGUUGAGCAACCAAUGGGAGGAGCUCUCAUACUACUUGCUGGUGAUUUUCGUCAAACAUUGCCAGUCAUUCGAAGAGCGACACCCGCUGAUGAACUCAACGCUUGCCUGAAAGCGUCAGCACUUUGGAGACAUGUGCAGAAAAUCAAUCUAUCGACCAACAUGCGUGUGCACUUACUUCGAGACGAAUCUUCGGAAACAUUUGCCGAACAGCUUUCGAACAUGGGUGAUGGCAAAAUCCCAAUCGAUCCUCAAACCAGCGAGAUAUCAUUUCCACAAAACUUCUGCCAAUUGCAGCCUUCAAUUCAAGAUGUUGAAGCGAGUGUUUUUCCAAUGAUUUCACGCCAAAUGGGAAAACCCGAAACAUUGUUUACCCACUCGCUUUACAAUAAAAAAUAA